AUGGGAGAUAAAGCCAAUGAAUGUACAGAAUGUGGAAAAGGCUUUUCUCAUAAGGUAGAUCUCAAGACACAUCAGAAAAUUCACACUUGGGAGAAGUCCUAUGAAUGUGCUGAGUGUGGGAAAAACUUAUGUAACCUAGAUCUCUGCAAGCCCUGGACAAUUCAUACUGGAGAGAAACCCUAUGAAUGUACCAAAUGUAGAAAAUCUUUCUCCCUAAAAGCACCCCUCAUCAGGCAUCAGAAAAUUCAUACCGGAAAAAACCCUUUGAAAUGUAGAAGACCCUUCAGAAGUAAAACAGAACUUACUAUUCAUCAGAAGAUUCAUACUGGGGAGAUACCCCAUGAAUGUGCAGAAUGUAGAAAAGCCUUAUCUUGUAAGGCAGGUCCUAAGACACAUCAGAAAAGUCAUACUGGGGAAAAGCCCCAUGAAUGUAUUGAAUAUUGGAAAGCCUUCAGCAGGAAAUCAAAACUCAUCCGAUGUCAGAGGAUUCAUUCUGAAGAGAAACCCCAUGAGUGUAAUGAAAGUUGGAAAGCCUUCUCUCAGCAAUCAUACCUCAUUAAUACAUGGUGGUGA